CCUCCCGAUUCCCCCCAGGCCGUUGGGAACUGCGGUGGUCCAGCCCUUUUCUGCAGCUGCAUGUCCUCAGCUUUCACAUGGAGGUGUAGGUCUUUCCUGGUUCCCCUGAUGAAAUGGAAAUGCCAGAAACCUCCUAUUUUCGGAGACAAGAGUGAGGAGGCUGGAGAGCAGCUUUGUCCACUAUCCCCCCCCCAAUGUCUUGCCCAGCGGUGGCUUCUCUUCUAGAAAUCUCUCUGUCUUUCUGUCUUCUUCUGUGUGUCUGGUUGCAUCUUCCCAGUCCGUGUGUGUGUGUGUGUGUGUGUGUGUGUGAGAGAGAGAGAGAGAGAGAGAGAGAGAGAGAGAGACUACUGGCCUUGGUUACAAGGGCCCUCCUUUAACCUCCCGCUCUCUUCGCCAUUAGUCUUUACUUCUCUUCCAAGCGUCCCUUUCUGCCCCUGUCUGGAGGGAAGGACUCCUUGUGGGGUUGAUCUGUCUCCCUCCUUUCCUCUGGCCAUUGUAGGUGGUCUCUCCGGGGCUUGAUUGCGCGCUCGCCCUCCCUUCUCUUGUGUGUGCGUUUGUCUGCCCUCUGCUUUUUCCUUGCCUUUCUCUCUGCUGCCUGGCCCCGAAAACCCUACGCGCCGGCUGGAGGGUCUCUAAGUCCGACUGGCCUGUCGGCUACCCUGUCUGUCCGUCCCGGGCGUGGCCCGCCCCCUACUGUGCCUGCCUGCAGCUCCGCCUCUUUGAUCGGCUUAGGGGGCGGCUUGGCCUUGCCUUUUCCCUCUCCUCCCUCCUGUCGUGGAAGAGGCGGAGCCGCCUGGGCAGCCUGGCCCAGCCGAGCUAAGCUCUUCGUAGCCUGGCUGUUGCUGCUGCCGCCGCCACGCUUCGGUCCCACCGGCUCUCGCUUCCCUUCCCGCUUGUCCGCCCCGUCGGGGCCAGCGCCGCGCCCGAUGAAUGGAGUCGCCGUUUGCCUGGUUGGAAUCCCGCCGCCGACCCCAAGGAGCCCCGAGCCAAAGCUGGGCCAGAGAGAUGGUACGGCCACAAAUGCCAAUGCCCCCCCUGUGGAGUCCUUUCCCUGGGUGGGGCCGAAGACGGUGGUGCUACGUAAGAAUUUGCAGGGGGGUUAUGGCUUCACCCUCCGGCACUUCAUUGUCUACCCUCCAGAGUCAGCAGUUCAUUCUAACGUGAAGGAGGAAGAAAAUGGAAACAGAACAGGCCCCUCCCGGAACCGUCUGGAGCCCAUGGACACCAUCUUUGUGAAAAGUGUGAAGGAAGAUGGGCCGGCACACCAGGCUGGCCUCCGGACAGGAGACCGUCUUGUCAAAGUAAAUGGCGAAAGCAUCAUUGGGAAAACCUACUCACAGGUCAUCGGCCUAAUACAGAACUGUGAAGAUGCUUUGGAACUCUCCAUCAUGCCCAAAGAUGAGGAUAUUCUACAGCUGGCAUAUUCACAAGAUGCCUACUUAAAGGGCAAUGAACCGUACUCUGGAGGGGCCCAGAGCAUCCCUGAGCCACCACCCAUAUGCUACCCUCGCAAAACGUACCCGUUCCAGUCAAAGCCCCCCCCUCGGGAUGUUUCAACAGCUGAGACGUACCAGGGACAGCAGGUGGACAACAGACAGCCCUACCAUUCAGGAUCUUCAGGCCCAUCUUCGCCUUUGAGCAGCACUGCGGUCCACAGAAUCCACUCGAGUGCCUGGGCUGACUCUGCACAGAAUUUCAGUAGCAAUCAUUCCAGCCCUGCCCACCGCACAGAGGAGGUCCAAUAUGGAAUGACUCAGAGGUCCCUUCCAGCUGCUGGCUCCUUUUCCCGCUACUCCAAUAGCAGCUGCCCGGGUUCUAUAGCCUCCCCCUUGCCUGAGAGGUACUGUGUCCCUCCUGCUCCCUCUAUGCCCAACCACGCCUGCUAUGGCCCCCCCAAACAGCUUCCUGACCACCGCCCUCAUGGUGGGUUAAAGGACACUCCCCAUGAGGGCCGGCCUUCCCGGGACUGCAGCGGGGCUGGCCCCAAAUCUGUCAGCCGUCUAGAAUGUCAACAGGCCUUGUCCAACUGGAUCUCAAGUCAAGUGCCACGACGAAGCUCUUCAGAGGAGCGCUGCUGUGCCAUGCCUCCUCGCUACCGGAGUGUCUCUCAAGAACGUCUGGGGGAUGCCCCAGCCUCCCGAGGUUGGCCUCACAGCGCUUCCCAAGACACUUUAAUCCAGUCCCCUGCACAUGACGGCUGGAGUUACCGGGCUAGAUCAGAUAACUAUUUGGUGAAAUAUGGGCAAUCCUUGGAAGCGCUUGAGCAGGGUGCCUUGGUUUCUCCUAGAUAUGAGAGGUGUAUGUGGUCACCAGACAGGUUUUACCGGCAUGGGCAAAUUAACCGAGCCCAGCCUAAUCACCCCAGUUCUUAUGUUCCUUCUGCCUCUUCCAGGGAUCCACCGCCUGUGCAUGUGCAAAAACACCCUUCCCAGCCCAACCUCCAGAGCAUCAAUGACUCUGGAUAUAUUGGCUACAGGAGCUACAGUCCCUCAUUCCAGCGCAGGACUGGCUUGCUCCAUGCCCUUUCUUUCCGGGAUGCUACUUUUGGUGAACUUCCAACAUUUAAUAUUUCCCAAAGGCCAGGAAACCACUCAGUGCCACCUUAUGUCGAAAGGGCUUUGUCCACUGCCGUGCUCCCAAGUGCCUCUGCUCCUUGCCGGGACCCUUCCCUGGGUAGCAGCCCAGAGAUCCUUAUGGACCAAAGGCCAGCCAAGCACGAGAACGAUGCGAGGCCUCUUGAGUGGGCUUCUCCACCUCAGAUCACGGAACAGUUGCAGCCCGAGGCUGAGGAGCGGAGGGAUGAGGUGGUUCUCCGGCAGAAGCCCCCAACUGGACGCAAAAUGCCUCCUCCUGCAAGACAGAUGAAUUUUGUCUUCCCGGAUGACAUGAAGGAAACAGACAUUUGUGAUCCCCCUCCACCAGUGCUGGCAGCUGGUAAAGAGAACAAGCGUGGCGUGGCCCCAUUGGCUACACCAGAGGAUUCACUAGCGUCCAUUCCAUUUAUUGAUGAGCCAACAAGCCCCAGCAUUGACCUGAAGGCAAAGCACAUCCCCGCCUCCUCUGUCGUCUCCAGCGCCAUGAAUUCCGCCCCUGUGCUCUCAGCUAGUCCUUCCUCACCCACUUUCACCUUUGCCAUCAACCGUCAUUAUUCCCAGGAUUGCAGCAACAUAAAAGCCAGUCGCCGGUCUUCCUACCUCUUAGCCAUAACCACAGAGCGCUCCAAGUCAUGUGAUGAUGGUCUGAAUACAUUUCGGGAUGAAGGGAAGCUUCUGAGGAGGUUGCCAAGCCGUGUGCCAAGCCUCCGCAUGUUAAGAAGCUUCUUCACGGAUGGGUCUUUGGAUAGCCUGGGUACCUCUGAAGACACCCGAUCAAAGCGACAUUCAACCUCUGACCUGUUAGAUGUCACUUUCAGUGAUGUGAGGAAAGAGGGCUGGCUCCACUACAAACAAAUCCUCACCAAGAAAGGCAAGAAAGUUGGUGGAGGCAUUCGGCAGUGGAAGCGGGUCUUCACUGUCCUGCGUGCACACUCACUCUACUUAUGCAAGGACCGAAGGGAGGCAGUGGCCGUUGCCCCGCCCCCAGGUGAGGAGGAACAGCCGCCAAUCAGCAUCCGAGCGUGCCUGGUAGACAUCUCCUACAGUGACACCAAGAGGAAGCACGUCUUCCGGCUGACGACCGCUGACUUCUGUGAAUGUCUCUUUCAGGCCGAGGAUCGGGAUGACAUGCUGGCCUGGAUUAAAGUCAUCAGGGAGAGUAGUAAAGCCGAGGGCGAGGACCCUGGGUUUGCAAGCCAAGCACUGAUCAAUAAGAAGCUAAAUGAUUACAGAAAAGUGAGCUCCUCUGGGACCAAACCAGAUUCUUCACCGAAAGGUCCUCGUGUGCCAGGGGUGAAGUCAGAACUGCACAAGCAAAUAGGAGCAGGCCCACCCCGCUCCCCGCGGCAGGACGCAGUCGCACUAAGAGAUGACAGUGUUCCUCAGAAAGCUCCUUGGGGUAUCAACAUAAUGAAGAAGAACAAGAAACCUGCUCCAAGGGCCUUUGGUGUGAGGCUAGAAGACUGUCAGCCUGCCCCUGACAACAAGAAAGUCCCCUUAAUUGUGGAAGCCUGUUGCAAGGUGGUGGAAGAUAAAGGCUUGGAAUACAUGGGCAUCUACAGGGUCCCUGGGAACAAUGCUGUGGUGUCCAGCCUCCAGGAGCAGCUCAAUAAAGGGUCUGCGGAAAUCAACCUGCAAGAUGAGAGGUGGCAAGACCUGAAUGUCAUCAGCAGCCUCUUGAAGUCUUUCUUCCGGAAACUCCCAGAACCCCUGUUUACAGAUGAUAAGUACAAUGAUUUUAUCGAAGCCAACCGGAUUGAAGAUGCCAGCGAAAGGAUGAAGACCUUGCGCAAACUGAUCCGAGACUUGCCAGGGCAUUAUUAUGAGACACUGAAGUUUCUGGUGGGACAUCUAAAGACAAUUGCAGAUCAUUCCGAGAAGAACAAGAUGGAGCCCCGGAAUCUUGCUCUGGUCUUUGGCCCUACCCUUGUGAGGACGUCAGAGGACAACAUGACCGACAUGGUGACACACAUGCCUGACCGCUACAAAAUUGUGGAGACCCUCAUACAGCACUCAGACUGGUUUUUCAGUGACAAGGAGGAUAAAGGUGAGAAGACCCCUGUAGAUGAGCAGGAGGCCCAAUCGGUGCCAAAUAUUGAGUACCUUCUGCCCAACAUCGGGAGGACAGCAGCACCGGGGGACGCUUCAGAUUCAACCAACAGUGGCUCAGCUAAAUCAAAGGCCUUGUGGGGCUCCAGGAAGGAGCACUAUCACAAGGAGAUGCUCGCCAUCUCCUUCAUCUCUGCUGUCAACCGCAAGAGGAAGAAGCGGAGAGAAGCCAAGCGUUUCGGGAGCAGCACAGACGACGACUCUGAGCACGAGUCGGCAGCCAAGCCAGCCACCAAGAGAGACGAAGAGGAGGUGGAGGUGGGGGCCGAGGAGGAACCAAGAGAGGCAGAGGGGCUCGGGAGCGGUAGCAGCAGCAGCAGAGGUCCAGCACCUGAUGGGCAGAGUGGUCCAGAGUGCCCCGCAAAGCUGGAAGCAGAGAUGGGAGAAAGGAAGGUGGUGGCAUGUCGGGGUAGCCCAGAACUGGCACCAGAUGCUCGCUCCAUCGUGUCGGGUUACUCUACCCUGUCCACCAUAGAUCGUAGCCUGUGUUCUGAGGUGCAGUCGGUAGCAGAGAGCCGUGGGGAGGAGGCAGACGAUGAGCGGAGUGAGUUUAGCCACGUGGAAACGGACACGGAGAACAGUUUUGUGCCAGAGCAGAUGCUCCCAAAAGGAGGCGGGAGAGCAGUGAUGGCAGAAGGCGGAGCCACUGCCUCUGACAAAGUGUCCCACAACCGAGCCUCCUUCAGCUCCCACCGCCUCAUGCAGUGUGACACCCUGGCACGGCGCAAGCUCUCUCGGCCUCGCCACAACAGUGAGGCUUCCUCCAAAGGCAGCACAGAAGUCCCAAGCUCCAGCUCACCAGGUAGUCAGGAGUCACUGCAGCCUGUGAGUGCCCCAGAGGUCCAUGCCAGGCCUUCCCUCACGGAGCAGCUGCGACUCCGCCUCCGCGGCUCAGCAGAUGACAUGUUGGCGGUGCGCCUGCGCAAGCCACACUCACCUGAGACACGGCGCAAGAGGAACAGCUGGCGGCGGCAUACUGUGGUGGUGCCCGGUGGCCUCAAGGACCUCAACUACAACGAGUGGGAGGAGCAGAAUGUGCUGGGGGCCCCCGAAGGCUGUCCGCUAGACUCCUCGAGCAGAACUCCCCUGCAGGACAACAAAGACUCUGGACUUAGCAGCCUGGAGUCGACAAAAGCCCGGCCUUCCUCAUCUAUGCUGGGGCACGUGGCAGCUCCCAGCCAGCAGGGUGGUGGCGAGCAGCAACAGCAGCACCGUAAGGGCAGCUCUGAAGGGCACUCAGCUCCCCGACGUGCAGCCUCCUUACGCUUCCACCAGUGUCUCUAGGUAGCCUGCUGCAGAAGCCCUGAUUGGUUGGAAUGGCUGAGAAGGAGCCUUGGCUUGGCCAUGCCAGUGGCCUUGACCUGGAAAUGUGGGUGGGCGGCUGCCUAUGCAGCCUCCCCUUGAGCUCCCCCUAGUGGCUCUGCCUCACCAUCUUUGAUACCUCAAAUUUAAGUGGAGCAAGAGUCUCUUCCCUGCCCCAGCCUCGCUUUCUGACCCCCCCUUCCCAGUUAUUAAUUUAAUGACACUCCUGUUUUGUGACAGUUGGAUUUAUUUAUUCCCCAUCCCCCCCCCCCCGGGUGGCAGUUGGAGAGAAAAAAACAGGGAUAGAUGCAACAUGGAGCGAGGGCUCUUCAGCCAGCCUGUUGUGAAGGUCUUCUUUUGGUUUAUGCUGCUGGGAGGGUUACCUGGGGUGAUGGGAUAGCUAGCCCCAUUCCUGCUUCAGAGCUCCUUCUCUUGCUUCAGAGUGCUGGUCUGCAGAGGAAUUUGAGGGCAUGUGUGUGAAGAAGGCAGGUGGAAGCGCAGAAAGCCAGCAAGAGCCUCUUACUCCCCACCUCUGCCUCCUUUCCACCAAGCCACUUUGCCUCUCCCACUUUUAACUGAUGAGGGCCUGGAGCCGGGGAAGCCAGAUCAGAGGCACUUAUGGAUGUAAGCUCAUGCUUCACUUGACCACUGCCAAAGCUCCGUUGCCGAUCAAGUCGCUGUUGCGUGCCAUUCUGCCUCUGAGUCCUCCUUUCCAGGGGAAGGGACUUCCCUCUCCCUCAGUUUCCUUUGACUGAUAUCCAAACUGUGUCAAUAUUGAGGGGCUUUGAACGGGUCCCUAUAAGAAACACACACACACACAAUGACUUCCCCCUCUGUGCUUUCCUCCUAGAUGAGCAGGUGGGCAACCAGCUCCAGAAUUUUCCACCUACCUUGCUUGGCCUUUGCAAGGUCCCUACAGAGAUGGCUGAAUCCUCUUCAGUUGCAACAUUUGCACCCUGUGGGCAUGGUGCAGACUCACCCCAUGCACUUGGUUGCCCAAAGAGACGAUCACACAUGAGAAACCAAAAUUACAGAGCUGUAACACCCUCUCUAGAGGCAUGUGAUCUUUCCUAGGCUUAAAAAGGCACUGCUAUUCUCCUCCUGUUUGGGUGGCAUCAUUGCCCUAUUUUUGGGAAGCCACAAGGAGUCCUGUGUUAUCUUAAAAGACCAACCCAUUCUUUCAUUGUCAGCCUGCUAAUUGUCAAGGUGCUAGAAAGCUCUUUGUUGUUUUUGCUGUGACGGCUCAUAUGGCUACCUUUUUGGAAGGCUGUUUUUUAAACUCCUCCUGGCAAAACAACAACAGAUGUGUAACAUCUCAGUGCACCUCUGGGUUACACCUUUCUGUCCUGCUCACCUAAGGGUUUCACGCUGACUGUAACCUUAGUUAGAGGAUGCUCUCUUCCCCCUGUGAGCAUUUCUGAAUACUUUUACAACUUUUGUUCAGCUGCUGAGAAUUUGGGAGGGGAAAUGGCCUGUUGGCAUAUUUGGGUAUCUGUCUGGCUCUUUGCCUCUUCUUGUCUUGUGACCAUAUAUCCAAACCAUGGCUUCCAGAGCUGAUCAGCAAAGUUCCCUCCUGUGUUGUGUACCAUUCAGGGAUGCAGUGUUUGGAGCAAAGGAUCAAAGACUAUUAUGCAAAUAGAAAUUUGGCUUCCUGCCUUUACGCUUGUAACACUUCACUAAAACUUUUGAUGCUAAAGAGGAUGUGAACCACCCUCUCUGCCCAAGGCAGUGUGUGAAGGGUUUCUCAUAUUAACAUCAAUCCUUUCUAUGUAGAUUGCCACCCAUGCUCAAUCCACCAUGAAUCCCCAUCUGCAGUGCAGAGAGGCAAUGGGAUAAGUGCAAGCACUGUGUGAUUUGUAUGGUGUAUGGGGUGGACAUCAGGCACACAGGACAAGUACAUGUGAUUCCCUCCUUCCAAUGCCCUGUGCAGAUAUGCCACAAAACAGUAGGAGAUUUCUUAAUUUUGCUUUUAAGGAUUCCCAGAAUAACAUUUGUCAGGAUUCUAUUCAGGCCUUUGUUCCAGCAACAGCUGAAACACCAUCAUCAAACCAUCUUGAGCUAUGCAGUUGCCCUCCAAAACUCGCACUCUAAGGACAAAAUAAAUACUUUAUUUGAUUCUUA